AUGGAGAAUCUUUCGCGGUUUGAGCGGUCCCUGGCCAAUGUUCUUGAUGAGCUGGGCCUCACCACCAUGUGGCGGUCGUCGCUCGACGUGAAGCUUCUCUGCGCCCAGCGUUUCGUCCGCCUUUUCGCGUACGGCGGGUCCACUUUGAUUCUGGCAUCGUACCUGUCAGCCAUAGGGAUCUCCGACGACCGCAUUGGGUUGUUCAUGACACUCACACUGGUCGGGGAUGUGGUGAUCAGCUUCUUCCUGACUCUAUUUGCCGAUUCCAUGGGUCGCAAGGUUGUCUUGUCGCUCGGAUCGAUUUUGAUGGCUGGCAGUGGAAUUAUCUUUGCCCUCUUUGGGAAUUACUGGAUUCUGUUGGCGGCUGCAGUGCUCGGUGUCAUUAGUCCUAGUGGAAAUGAAAUCGGUCCUUUCCGAGCCAUUGAGGAAUCCACUCUGGCCCAUCUCACCCCCAAUGAGUGCCUGAGCGAUGUAUAUGCUUGGUAUUCGUUGAUUGGAACUGCCGGCUCUGCCAUUGGCAUGCUUGUAUGUGGUUGGAUCAUCAACUCACUAGAAUCCAUCCACGGUUGGGCAUUUAUUCCCGCUUGUCGCAUCAUCUUCUUUGUAUAUGCUGGCGUUGGCAUCGUCAAGCUCAUUCUUACUCUGGGUCUGAGCGGUACGGUAGAAGCUCAGAAAGAAGAGCCUCAAGAGCAGAGCUCUGAGACUCAAUCGCUGCUGGCACGACCAACUGAACAGAACGCCGAGCGGAGCCCAAAGAAGAGGAGUUUAUUCCCGUCUAUCGAGAAGGAUUUGUGGUCGCUGGUCAUCCGCCUGUUCAUUCUAUUUGGAAUAGACUCUUUCGCAUCCGGACUGGCUUCAUUGUCCUGGAUGACCUAUUACUUUAAGGGCAAGUUCAAUCUUCCCGAGGGAGAACUCGGCACUAUAUUCUUUACCACGAACAUUAUUUCCGCGGCAUCCAUGCUAGUGGCCUCGUCGCUCGCUAAGCGCAUCGGCAAUGUCAAGACUAUGGUCUUCACUCAUCUUCCAUCGGCUAUUUGCCUGGCUCUAAUAUCCAUUCCUUCGAGCCUACCUCUAUCAUUGACUUUCUUGGUUCUGCGAGCCUGCUCUCAGAACAUGGAUGUGGCGCCUCGCUCCGCAUUCCUUGCUGCAGCUCUCCCCGCAGACAAGCGCACUGCAAUCAUGGGUUCGGUCAACGUUGUCAAGACUACCACUCAGAGCUUGGGACCCCUAUUGACCGGUAUUCUGUCUCGCAAUGGCCAUUUCGGUGUAUCCUUCAUCAUUGCAGGAUGCUUAAAGGUGGGCUAUGAUCUUGGCAUGCUGUUCACCUUUGCGGGAAAAGAGGCUGCCAAUCGCAAACGGUCCACACAAGAAAACGAUGAAGAGACAAGUUAG